UUAGCAUCUAUCACUUGGUAUUUAUCUCCUUUUUUUUUUACUUUUUACUUGAUGUUGAUGUAAAGUAGAAUAGAGAAGAAAAGGUAGAAGAAAGUAAUUCAAAGACUUUUAGUCAAUCCGAUGGGGCUCAGAGACGAGACAGACACAAAACGAAACUCCCAUGUUUCUUCUCCUUCUUCUUUAUUUAAACUAACACAAACUCCCUCUUUCUCUUCCACGCCAAAUUCCACUCUUUCCAUUUCCCAUGGCUUUUGAUCCCUCUUUCGCCGAAUCUAACAUCUCCAACGCCAAGGCCAUUCUCACAGCUGCCGCCUCCUUCGCCGCCACCGCCGUCCUCGUUCGCUCCAUUGCCAACGACUUACUCCCCUCCGAAUUCCGUGAAUACUUCUACGAUGGCGUUCGAAACAUCUUCUCCCGAUUCUCCUCCCAACUCACCAUGGUCAUCGACGAGAUGGACGGUCUCGGCCCCAACCAAAUCUACGAAGCUGCUGAGACUUAUUUAGCCACCAAAAUCUCUCCUUCCACUACCAGACUCAAAGUUAGCAAACCCGAGAAGGAAGAUAACAUCACCACCGCCGUUGAAAGAAACGAGGAAGUUAUCGACACCUUUAAUGGCGUCAAAUUCCAUUGGGUCCUCAUCUGCGAACAAGUCCAGCGGGAGAAUUUUCACAACCCCCGUUCCCCUUAUAGGUCCGUCGUUCGAUCCUUCGAGCUCUGUUUUCACAAGAAACACAGAGAAAUGGUUCUCAAAUCCUACUUGCCCCACAUUCUCCAACAGGCUAAAGAACUAAAGCAGCAGACUAAAACCUUGAAGAUCUACACCUUUGACUACCAGAACAUGUAUGGUAGCAUCUCCGAUUUAUGGAUUCCGACCAAUCUCGAUCACCCUUCCACGUUCGAGAAGCUGGCCAUGGACUCUGAGAUUAAGCAUUUCAUUCUGAAUGAUCUCGAACGGUUUGUGAAGAGGAAGGAGUACUACAGGAAGGUGGGUAAGGCUUGGAAGAGAGGGUAUUUGCUGUACGGUCCUCCUGGAACUGGGAAAUCGAGCUUGAUUGCAGCAAUGGCGAAUUACUUGAAAUUCGAUGUUUAUGAUUUGGAAUUAACAGGGGUGGAAUGCAAUUCGGAUCUUCGGAAAUUGUUGAUGGGAAUUGCGAACCGUUCGAUUCUAGUGGUGGAGGAUAUUGAUUGUUCAGUUGAGUUUCAAGACAGAGAUUCGGAAAAGGAUGAAGAAGAAGACCCAUCGACUUCGAGGAGGAGAAGACUGGUGACGUUAUCCGGUUUGUUGAAUUUUAUUGACGGACUAUGGUCGAGCUGCGGCGACGAGAGGAUUAUUAUAUUCACGACGAAUCAUAAAGAGAAGCUGGAUCCGGCUUUGCUCCGGCCGGGAAGAAUGGAUGUUCAUGUUCACAUGUCGUACUGCACCCCAUGUGGAUUUAGGGUUCUGGCGUCCAAUUACCUUGGGAUUGAGAACCAUACGUUGUUCGGUGAAAUUGAGGAAUUGAUUCCCGGUGCGAAAGUGACUCCAGCAGAGGUGGCGGAGGAGCUGCUGAAAGGCGAUGAGAGUGACAAAUCAUUGAGGGAUUUGAUUGAAUUUCUGAACGUCAAAACAAGGGAAAAUGAAGAAGCUGGAGGAAAGGAGGAGAAGGAAGGUACAGUAGUUUCAACCGAGAAAUAAUAUUUUCCGGUGAACGUGAUGACGACGAUGACGAAGAACAUUUUUACUAAUUUACCCCUCACUAUGUUGAAAUUAAUUAGUUUGUAUUUUUUCUAUUUUUUUUCUAAAGGAUGAGAAAAUACGUUAGCUAUAAGAUAUAUUGAAAUUGACAGUGUCUAUUGUUUUUCAAGUUGAUUAAUUUUAAUGUAGUGAAUAAAUUAUAAUUAUAAUUA